GUGGCGUGGAUACCGCGACACCGCGGCUCCUUUAAGUCCCGGGGCGCCACCCCCGCUGCCCCGCCUCCAGCCUGGGUCUAGCAGGCGGCGGGGUCGGGGCCGCGCUAGCCGCGAUGGAGCUGCACAUCCUGGAGCACCGGGUGCGGGUGCUGAGUAUCGCCCGGCCCGGUCUCUGGCUCUACACCCACCCGCUCAUCAAGCUGCUGCUCCUACCCUGCCGCAGCCGGUGCAAAUUCUUCAGCCUGACGGAGACUCCGGAGGAUUACACCCUCAUGGUGGACGAAGAGGGCUUUGCAGAACUGCCCCCAUCUGAGUUCCUGCAAGUAGCCGAGGCCACGUGGCUGGUGAUGAAUGUGUCAUCUCACAGCGGCACGGCAGUGCAGGCGGCUGGGGUCACCAAGAUUGCCCGCUCCGUCAUCGCACCCCUGGCUGAGCACCGUGUGUCUGUGUUGAUGUUGUCUACAUAUCAAACAGACUUCAUCCUGGUUCGAGAGCAGGACCUGUCAGUGGUAAUUCAUACCCUGGCUCGAGAGUUUGAUAUCUACCGGGAAGUGGGUGGGGAGCCUGUGCCUGUGAUCAGGGAAGAUUCCAGCAAUGGCUUUCCCCGUGCCCAGCAUGGCCCUACAGUGCACCCCAUUCAGAGCCCGCAGAACCGCUUCUGUGUCCUCACGCUGGACCCCGAGACGCUGCCAUCCAUCGCCACCAUCCUCAUCGAUGUACUCUUCUACUCGCACAGUGCCCCCAGAGAGGCAGCCUCUGACGGUCUCGAGUCCAGCUCCAUCCCAUUUUUCGCCUUCUCCCUCAUCGAGGGCUACAUCUCCAUCGUGAUGGAUGCCGAGACGCAGAAAAAGUUUCCCAGUGACCUCCUGCUGACCAGCUCAUCCGGAGAGCUGUGGAGGAUGGUGCGAAUUGGUGGACAUCCACUGGGCUUCGAUGAAUGUGGCAUCGUGGCUCAGAUUGCCGGACCCCUGGCUGCUGCUGACAUCUCUGCCUACUACAUCAGCACCUUCAACUUUGACCACGCCCUGGUGCCCGAGGAUGGCAUCCGCAGCGUCAUCCAAGUUCUUCAGCGAAGGCAGGAGGGUCUGGUAUCGGAAGGUUCCUAGAGACCCCAGCAGGCGCCAGCGCCUCCUCUCCACCGGGCUUCCAGAGACUUCUCUGAGCUAUUUUCUCAAGCUACGGAAUGAGCCCUCUCCCCUACUCCUACAGCAUGGCGGGGGGGUCCCCUCAUUCCGCUUUCUGUAUGUAAGCUGCGUGCAGGCACCAGCGCCCGGGGACCCAGGCCUGCUUUCCCAGGGGCCCUGGGCAGGUGCCCGCCCCCUCCCUGCUCUGCCCACGCAGGGGAACCUGGUGCUUGGGGCUUAUGCCUCCAACCCGUCACUCCCCGUGGGCUUUUGGCAUUUGCACAGUCCCUGCUCGAGGCCUGAGCCAUCUCCCCCUCCCCCUGGGGCCAGCUGGCCCCCUGGGCGCGGCUGUCUUCCAGGUCUGGCCCUUGUCUCGCUGGCCAGGUGAGUUCUGACAGUGCCUUAAGGAAAGUAUUUUUGCAUCUCUCCUUUUGUUUUUUUAAACUGUUAAUAAAAGACUUUAUAUUGA